CGGGGACGGAGACGGCAGCGGCGCAGUUUAGCUAAAAAUGACACCCACACCGAAAGAAGCCACUGGCAACCAAAGCUCAUGGGAUACUUUGCUACCAGAUUUACCUAAAGGGCCACUUUGCAGAUAUUGCCGGAAAGCUUCCUUCAACUGGAAGGAGAUGGCAGUGUUCCUAGAUGGUGAAGAUAUCAUCCAGCUGAAGGACAGAAUCUUCUCUGCUCUGGAAAGCGAUCCUCUAUUUGCACAUCAUCCUGGAGAAGAUUUAUGCCGUGAAAAAUAUCAGGAGCUGACAUUCCUGCGCUGUAAAAGGUUCUUUGAGUAUGAUUUUCUUACUCUGCAAGAGAUCAGAGAGAACCCAUUAAAGAUAUUUUGUCUGGUGAGCUGUAUAGGAAUGUAUGAUUGGUCUUCAUCUCUCCAGUACUUCUUACAUUGCGGUGUGUUUGCAGGUCCAAUUUUGAGUGCUUCUGAGAGGUUUGCAGAGUUUGUGAAGCAAAUUUAUAAAAUGGAGGUUUUUGGAUGUUUUGCUCUGACUGAGCUCAGCCAUGGAACUAAUACCAAAGGCAUACGGACUACUGCCACAUUUGAUCCUAGCACUCAGGAAUUUAUCAUUCAUACUCCCGACUUUGAAGCUGCAAAGUUCUGGGUUGGUAAUAUGGGGAAACAUGCCACUCAUGCAGUUGUGUAUGCUCAGCUUUAUACUCCUGACGGACAGUGCCAUGGACUACAUUCCUUUAUUGUACAGAUUCGAGAUACAAAAUCUCUCCUGCCAGUGCCAGGUGUGAUGGUAGGUGACAUAGGAAUGAAACUUGGGCAGAAUGGGUUGGAUAAUGGGUUUGCCAUGUUCCACAAUGUCAGGAUACCUAAAGAAAACAUACUGAAUAUGACUGGAGAUAUCACACCUGAGGGGAAGUACUCCAGUUCAGUCAAGGAUGUUAAAGAGCGUUUUAGUGCAGCUCUGGGAUCCUUGUCCACUGGCAGAAUUUUCAUCACAGCAAUUUCCAUUACCAAUUUAAAGCUUGCCCUAUCAAUAGCCAUUCGCUUCUCAGCAGCUCGCCGUCAGUUUGGACCAACUGAUGAUGAAGAAAUACCUGUUCUUGAAUAUCAAAUGCAGCAAUGGCGUCUCCUUCCUUAUCUGGCUGCUGCGUAUGCCUUAGAUUAUUUCUGCAAGUCCCUGCUUGAGAACUUUGUAGAAUUUUUUGCAGGUUUAUUGACAAAACAAAGGAGUCAGAGACAGGUUGAUUUGGGACGUGAGAUUCAUGCCUUAUGUGCGGCCAGCAAACCACUGGCUUCUUGGACUGCUCAGCAGGCAGUCCAGGAAUGCCGAGAAGCUUGUGGAGGACAUGGUUACCUUGCCAUGAACCGCCUGGGUGUUAUCCGAAAUGACAAUGAUCCAAACUGCACAUAUGAGGGAGAUAACAACGUCCUACUUCAGCAAACCAGCAACUACUUAAUGAGCUGGAUGAAUUGCAUAAGAGGAGAUAAAGCUCCUUUUGAAUCCCCUUUGGGAACAAUAAAUGUUUUGCAAGACUACCAUCAUAUCCUUGGCUGGAAAUUCACAGCCAAUAGUGUUGAAGAUUGCAUGGACUCCUCAGUUCCUUUAGCAGCAUAUAAAUGGCUGGUUUGCUACCUGCUCCAAGAAAGUGACCUAAAGCUCAGGAAGGAGAAGCAGUCUGGACGAAGUGAUUUUGAGGCAAAAAACAACUGUCAGGUGUACUACUGUCGAUCAUUAGCCAUUGCUUUUAUUGAACAAACAGUCUUACAAAGAUAUCAUGACUACACUCAUGAUCCCAGCAUACCAUCUACUCUACAGCCAGUGCUUAAGAAACUCAGUGCUCUCUAUGGACUCUGGUCUUUAAGUAAACAUCUGGCUGUGCUCUACCAAGGUGGCUAUGCUUCAGGUGAACAAGCUGGUAAAUUUAUUCAGGAUGCCAUUCUGGAGCUGUGCUACAGGCUGAAGGAUGAUGCAGUUGCCCUGGUUGAUGUCUUUGCUCCUCCAGACUUCAUUCUCAACUCUCCCAUUGGUAAAGCUAAUGGAGAGCUAUAUAAAAAUCUGUGGGCAGAGAUCCUUCAAGGCAGAAAAACUCUGAACAGACCUUCAUGGUGGGCAGAAUUAUGUAUUAAUAAACCUGUUAUAGGCAGGCUGAGGUCAAGAUUGUAAACCAAACACCUUGCAAGAGGCUGGAUGGGCCCAAGAUGGAUACUUAAUUUCAAACAUCAUGAGGAAAUGAGACCAUAUGUCGAACACUGAAAAUGAAGGAGAUUUUCAUAGGGAAGUGCCAAGUUUUAAAGUAACUUUGAAAUCAAUUCCAACUUGGUCUCAGGCACUGUUAACAUAAUAAUGACAGGAGCAAGGGUAGAACAUACAGUCAUGGAAUGAAUCAUAGAAUGAUUUGCAUUGGAAGGGGCCUUAAAGAGCAUCUGGUUCUAAGCCUCUGCCAUGGGCAGGGGUACCUUUCACUAGACCAGGUUACUCAAAGCAUCUGCACACUUAAUUAAAUACAAAAUCACAAAAAAUAUGAUUUAUUAUGAUCAUUGCUUUGCAAGGUUUCUAUAAAAAAUGUUCCAACCAGUCUCUUGACUUUACUGUUAUAUUACAGAAGUUGAGUGAUUAAAAAACAUUUCCCACCAGGGAUUAUGAAUAAACUGAACAAAAGCAAGAAACAGUUUAGGACAGGCUGUAUAGAAGCUUUAUUAUGAUAAUACUGGGAGAACACUGAAAGCUAUCUCCCCCUCAGCUCUCCUGUUGUCAGCCAACUGAUUGCAGAGACCCAACCUAUAUACUUUCAGACAAAAAGGGAAGUAAAAAUUGAGGAAGAGCAAUCAUUUUGAUGUUAACAAAGCCAGAUAUCCAUCCCUAGAGGGUACUCCUUUGGUAGCUUGCUAACUGCCACAGUUCCAGGGAAUCAAACAGUAAAUAACAUGACAAUAUGAUGAGAUGGCGCUUAGUGGAGCCUGUAUUAGUGACACAGCCCAUUUUAUCUUAGCUCAGAAGUGGGCAGUUGGAAACUAUCACAGACUGCUAGCUUUUAAUGAAGAUAAUUUCCUAGCCAGACAUCUUGAUCUUAAAUGUUGAUAAUUUUACCACCAGAAGUUCAAGGUCAGUUAAAGAUGAUUACCCUCAAAACAGAGCAGUAAAAAUAACAAGCAAAGAAAAACCUCAAACUGAUGAAACUUAUGUUGGAAAAAUUAAUAAAAAUGAUCUUGUUAAACCUUA